AUGAACAACAUAGAAAGCUCGAAACUUAAUCCAUCUCAAGACCCUUGUAACCAUCAAGCCAAUCCAAUACCCCUUGAAACAACAAACACUUUUGAAAAUGGAGAGAAAGGGGUCAUUAGUAGGCAAACAAAAACAGGAAAGAUCAGCAAUGGACCAAGAUAUCUUGGAGUGAGGCAAAGACCCUCAGGUAGAUGGGUUGCUGAAAUCAAGGACUCUUCACAGAAGCUGAGGCUAUGGUUAGGAACUUAUGAUAGAGCAGAAGAAGCUGCUUUGGCAUAUGAUAGUGCGGCAAGGCUUCUAAGAGGAAGAAAUGCAAAGACCAACUUCUCCUAUCAUGGAAUUAUCAACUCCCACGAAGAGAACUGCAGCCUCGUAGGAAAAAAUCCAAGGCUGUAUCAUCUUCUUCAGCAUGCAAUCAUGAAGAACCAUGCAAGAUCAGCACCUCUUAGAAUCCCAUACAAUCACGAUUUAAUUGAUUUCGAAACGCUCGUUGAAGAUACUAUAGUUUGUUCUUCAGCUUCAGAUGAUCAUGGGUUUAGGAGCCAUGAAUUUGAUGCUCGAGAUGGUUAUAGCAAGCUUUGUGGUCUAUCAUAUGGAACCUCCAAGGUUUAUUCUUCUGUUAUUGUAGCUCCUUCUUUUAGUGCUUCUUUAUGUCAAGAAGGAGAACAAAACAACUGGACCAAAAUAGACAAAGGAGAAGCAAACCCAGAAGUUACAGAAGGGGCACCUGGACGCAUAAGUAACAGGCGUCUGCUUCCUCACUUGCGUGUCAAACCAACAACAUUGACUUCAUCUCCUUCUGGUUAUGGUGGUUGUCCGGUGUAUGUGAUUACUGGUUUUUCAGAAGGGAUCGUGCCAGCUUAG